AGGAUUGUUGGUCUUCCCCAUCCUUCCCCUCGUGCACCCUCUCCACCCGCCGUCCGCCACACAUUCCCUCUUUUGACCAGUCUUACUUUGUCAGAGAGCGAAUGAGAAUGUGGUCUACCACGCUACCUGCUUCGCUCGUUCUGUUGGGUGCUCCUCUGGUCCUUGGCGCCGAUGUGCAGUUGCAAGGCUUGACUGUGCCAUCGCAAUAUGCUUCACAAGGCGAUGCGGUGAAACAGAUAUUCACGGACAGUUAUAAUUCAUACAAGAAGUUCGCCUUCGGUCACGAUGAGGUCGAACCUAUCAGUGAAACUUUCACGGAUCCUCGUAAUGGAUGGGGCGCGAGUAUUGUCGACGGUAUGACCACCAUGUUCAUCAUGGGACUCGACGACUUCUUCGACGAAGCGUUGAACUUUUCACAAAGGAUUGACUUCAACGUGUCCAAUGUCGACGAAACGGUCAGUGUCUUCGAAAGCACCAUCCGAUAUGUUGCCAGUCUUAUCAGCACAUACGAGCUCUCUGGAAAGCAACACCCGGAAUUGAUUGAGCGGGCGAAGGAUCUCGGGAACAAACUCUCCGUUGCGUGGUCCGCUCAGAACACGAUCAUCCCUUACGGCGAAUUAAACUUCACGACCGACACCGCGGAGAUUGAUACCUCCAACAUCGCGGAAGCCGGUACAUUGUCGAUGGAGUUCGACAGACUCAGCUUGUAUACCGGAAACGAUACAUAUCGUAAGCUCGCUGUUGGAUCCGUGAAGGAGAUCAUCUCGCUGCCUGCCCCUCUUCCCGGCUUCCCUGCACAAGGUAUCGAUCCCGGGACCAACAAACCUGUCGGAGCCUAUGUCACCUGGGGUGGAGGGUCAGACUCCUACCUCGAGUAUCUGAUCAAAUACGCACGCCUUACCAACACCGAAGACAAUUCUUUCACUAACGCCUGGCUCACCGCCGUCGAUUCGUCCAUCCACACUCUUUUGCGCACCUCCACUGUCGGAGACCAUGUCUAUCUCGCUGACCAGGACGACGACGGGCUCAUUAGACACAUAGGCAGCCACUUGGCUUGCUUCAUGGCCGGGAACUGGAUCAUGGGCGGUCGUCUCACAAACAACCAGACGAUCGUGGACAUCGGGUUGAAGCUGAAUGAUGCGUGCUGGAAUACCUAUGCUGGAGAUGCUACUGGUAUCGGUCCUGAGGCGUUCGCAUGGAUAUCUGAUGAGACGAAUGGCAGUUUCACCGGCGGAUCGGCCCCCGACUCUGCGCAGCUUGCAUUCUAUAACCAGAAUGGUUAUUACGUGACCACCUCCGACUACGUUCAGCGACCUGAAGUGCUUGAAAGCAACUUCUAUGCCUGGAGAGCGACCGGUGACACAAAGUACCUCGACCGUGCCGCUGCCGCCGUGGAUUCAUUCCAGAAAUUCCUCAAGGUCGACACGGGAUACAUUGGUCUCAAUGACGUGAACGAUGUCUCUGGAGACCCUGGCAAUCUAGUUGAUGACACAGCGAGUUUCUGGUUUGCAGAGGUGUUGAAGUAUCUCUUCCUUACUUUUGAUGACCCGAGUCAUAUCUCCCUGAACGACUUCGUCUUCAACACCGAAGCGCACCCAUUCGCUGCGCCGCCCGCACAAUCGACUUACGGCAAUGCGACUCUCCUCUCUCAAACCGCAUGGCAGAUCCAGCAGACCGGACCCCUCCCCGCAAUCUCAACCCUUGCCUUCCCUCUUCCAACGAGUGUCACCAUCGGUGUCGCCGCUACUGCUGCCGUAUCGGUAUGAGGUGGAUGGAGUUGACCUGAAGACGGACGGACUUAUAUCCAUACAAUCCUUCGAGAAUGGUUAGAACUCUAUACCUAACCUGUUGCAUUCUUUACUUGCUCUGUCACCACGAAUAUUGUCUUCUUGAUCACUUUGUGUAGUACGAGAAGUUUUGCUUCGAGUCUCUCAUUACUGUGGCUCUGUUUUUCCUUGUUCUCAAAUUAUCCACUCAUUUUCGACUUCAUAGUAUACUGAGACACUGUACCUAUCUCCCCCAAACGUAUGUUAUGUUGACGGUCCCAGCAAAAUAAAA